AUGGCUUCGUAUGAGGCUUUAAAUGGCAGGAACUGUAUGUCUGCUUCCGGAUGGUUUGAAGUCGAAGAAGCAAACUUAUUCGGGCCAGACCUUGUUCAUCAAGCUAUUGAGAAGCAAGUGGUUCAUCCAGUUUUUCAUGUGUCCAUGUUGAGGAAAUGUAUUAGAGAUCCCUCCAAAAUCGUACCUUUCGAUGAUUUACAAGUUACAGAAAAUCUGACAUGCGAGGAAGAACCAAUUGCUAUUCUUGAUCCACAGGUCCGCAGACUCAAAAACAAAGAGGUGGCUUCAGUGAAGGUUCUAUGGAGGAGUAAAGAUUGGGAAGAGAUGACGUGGGAUGCCGAAGCAGAAAUUAUGUCCAAGUAUCCCCAUUUAUUCCCUGUCACAGGUGAUACUAUUAAGAAGGAAUCCCUUCAAGGCUGUAUUGUAUCCGCAAAUAACUUACAAGACUUACAAAUUGGAAGUGUGGCAGGCAGGAAAUUAGCAAGUCUCCAAUUGCAGAAAACACUUUACUAA